UACAGAGAGAGGAGAGAGCAUGAUCUUCCACGAGAGGCUUCUUGUGUCAAGGGCAAAAAAAGAUUCAAUUUAAAGACAAAUUAAGAAUUAAUCAGACGAGACAGACGAUCGGGCAAGAGCUUUGAAUAAGGAUUAAUUCGAGCGAUUAAGAAAAACAGAGAAAGACCUGAAUAGUUCAUAGCAGGCAACUGUAAGAGUGACCGCCACACUUUGGAAAGGCAGUCGCCAGGAAUGGUGGAUCACUUGUUGCUUGGUGAAGAGACUUUUUUUCCUUACACUUGUUUGCUGCCAGCCCAUAACCCAUUGGAUAUGGUAACAGACGAGGGGGUGUACCAUAUGCUUCCAUCUCCAUUCUCAGAGGAUAACCUGAGUGACACAUCUAGCCCUCGUUCCUGUUCCAGCCCUGAGUCUCAGGUGCUUGGCUCCAGUUGUGGGAGCAACUCGAGUGGAGAAAGCCAAGAUGACCUGCUUGACUUCCUCCACUCUCAGUCCAUGUUGAGCCAAAAGCUCCCCUCCUCCACCACAAUGUCUCCCAUGGUCCCUCCAAUCCUUCCCAUGGGUCUCGCUUGGGAGUCACGAUGGGACCGUGCCACCAAAGAGGAGUGCUUUGAGUUCCCAGUUUUCCCUGGAGAUUUGGAGGACCAUGCAGGGCUACUGUUUCAGCCCACUCUGGAGGAAAUCGAGGAGUUCCUGGAGGAAAAUAUGGACGUGGUUGCCUUGAAGGAUGAAGCUGGUGAGGGUUGGAUGACUGGUGCAAACAGCCAGGGAGCUACAUCAGAACCUUGGGCUCAAAGUUUAGACCAAACUGUGCCUGUCUCCAGUGACAUAAUCGCUGACAACAAACUAAAAAAUUUACAAUCCCCAGCUGGGCCCAUCACAAAUACCCAAAGUGCGCUGAAAAAGGAGGAUUCAUCUGAGAAUGUUAUUGUGGUGGAUAGUCCUGGCAUGCCUGUAAUCCUACAGCUCCAACCCAUUCAGGUAAAACAGGAGAUGAGCCCGAAAGCAGUCCCCUCACCACCUACACCGCAACCUGCCUCGGACAUCAAAAUAACCCAGCUCCUCGUCAACAUCCAAGGUCAAACUUUUGCCUUGGUUCCUCAGGUUGUCCCACCCGCCAGCCUUAGCAGUUCAUCCUCAAAGUUUGUCCGUAUCGCCCCGGUUCCUAUUGCAGCCAAGCCUGUGGGUCUUGGGGAGAAUGGAACAGGUGAUGCCCAAGGGCUUAUAGUUGGCUGUCACAAAUUCCAGAAAAGCACCGUAGCUGAUCUUAUUAAAAUGCACAAGUGCACUUUUCCUGGCUGUGCCAAGAUGUACACCAAGAGCAGUCACCUAAAGGCCCACUUGAGGAGACACACAGGGGAGAAACCAUUUGCCUGCACUUGGCCAGGCUGUGGCUGGAGAUUCUCCCGGUCGGACGAGCUGUCACGACACCGUCGGUCUCACUCUGGAGUUAAGCCCUACCAAUGCCCCGUCUGCGAGAAGAAAUUUGCCCGCAGCGAUCACCUGUCCAAACACAUCAAAGUCCAUCGCUUUCCACGAAGCAGCAGGACAGCACGCACUGUACACUGACCCCGCACAACCCUCCUCCAGAGGAGUGAGAGAGAUAGAGAGAUCUAGAGAGUGACAGAUUGACUUGUGGUACUGUCAUAAUUUAUUACGUGAGGUUCCGAUUAACUGAAGAAGAAUUUGGAACUACUACUUGACUCAUCCGCCUUGCAGAUAUUCUAAGCUUUGUAGAUUGUAUUUUUAUAGUCUUCAUGAUUGUUUCUAUGUCUCGAGAACAAAUUUUGCAAUGUUCAAAGUAUUUUUUUUUGUGCUUUGAGGUAUAAAUUGUUGAUGUUUCGGCCAAUAACUAACGCAUCAACAUUCCUUGUUUAUUCUCAUGAGAAAGUCGCUUCUCUUUGCCAACGUAAAGUGUUUAGCUCCUCUCCAAAAAUCUCGGGUUCAUUUUAACUACUACUGAUCAUUGGUAGGAUUGUGCCAUUAUAAGCUAUUGGCAAACUCUGAGAUUUUUCCUCUUGACCUUCUGUUGUAUGCUAGUAAAUGAGCCGGAUCUCAUGAAAAAAGUGACUGGCAACAUUUUUGCAAAUUUAUAUUACAUGGCUCCUUACGAGUAUCACGGCAGUUACUAGGUGCAAUGCCCACUGAGUGGCGCUAAAAGCGAGUUUAAGGUUAAUGUAUUUUUAAGAUGAAUGAGUAUUAAAUCAUCAAAAUGUACCUCCCAUCCCAUCCCUAAACCUUAAACCUAAACAUAAUUGACAGUUUCAGAAAAAGCAAAUGCGAGAUGAAAAAUGCAAUUGCUGAAGCAAACACAUCAUUUUGUGGUGCUUCUAUGACACUUUCGGCUCAUGUGCCAACUCACAUGCUCUUCAGUACUUGUACCCUAGUCCUUUUUAUCGCAAGUGAAACAUUCAAUCAGUUAAGCUUCUAUACAAUUUAAUUGCACUUAAACAAGCUUAUAAAUGUAGUUGUUUUUUUUUGAUGCAAUUGGGCUGUAGUAAAAGUGUUUAGAUGUCGUAAGAUAGCAUUGUAUGAGGAACUGGGCAAGAAUGUCUAUAAACUGAUAAUCUCCCGUUUUACUCGUGAUUUGUGUGAGAGGAAAUAAAAGUUGUUGUUUUAGUGCCAUUAAUGUUAAUUUCACCAGGAAAGUGCCGCGAUACAUACCAUGUAAAAAUUAGGUUGCAAAAAUGUAGGUAUAGUAAGGUGAUUCUACGAGACCAGGUAGUAGUAAACUGUGAAACGCCUAAUGGUCACACCAUAUAUUAAACAAAGAACGUCAAAGUACACACAUUUGUUGUAUGUGAACUGGCCUCCUGAUCAGUAUUGAAAUGUUCUUCUAUUUAAAAAAUGUUGUUGUUAAUGCAAAACCUUUUUUUUUUUUUUUCCAUUUAAUUUGUUGCUUUCAUAAAAGACUUAAGUCUAAGUCUAAAAACAAGAUACCUUCUGGGCCUUUGUGUAAAUGUUUGCAAUUGGGGCCAAGGCAUGUGUGGUUAGGUGCUUGUGGUUAGUGGAUUAUUUUCAGCAGCAAUGCUACACAUUUCAUAUUUGUCUCUUACCCUAAAUUAGAUUAUAUAUGACUAUAUAGUCAGUCAUUGUUGAUAUGUAAGCUUGGUCAAUACUCAAUGUCACAUAAGUAUUUUACAACUCUGCUUUCCCUGAUGAAAAGACCAGCUUAGACCAGCAUGAAUUUGAAUUCCAAUGUGGUUUAUGCAGGUUAGUGAUGGUUUGAUGAUGGUCCAGCUGGUUGGACCAACAAUACUGGUCUUUUCAACAGAUUUUCCAUUUGAAAUAACUCUCUCGAACCAGAACAAGACUGCAUAACUCUUUAUUCUCAUCUACCUACCUGCCUCAACAAAUCUGAAUGCUGUACUGGAAUACCAAUCCAUUUUUCUUUUUUUACUGCAAGUUUAAACUACACAAACUGGAAUAGCAAGGUGCUAACCAGCCUUAAACACAAGCUUCUUUACAAUGGGACAAAACCAGGUCUAACCAUGCUUGAGAAAUGUAGUCCUGGAAGCAUCUGGAUUUCAGAGAGGACAUUCUUCGUGGGAACUGUAGUCAUGGACACAGCUUGACUACUGAUACGGCAUGUUGAUCAUACAGUAUGUUCGCUUAAAGGAAUGUGCUUAAAAUCUCGUGGGGUGCUGAUAUCUUCUACUAAUGUUUAACAAAAUGAUACGUCUUCUCUGAGUAGAGUCUGAUAAAGGAUCUGGAAUUGGACUUUUAAUGGGUUGCUAGAUGUAGGGCUUUGUAACAACCUUGAAAAUCCAAUCUCUUCUAUGCAGUCUGUUUUUCUCAAAACAAUAGCUCAAAUGGAAACAUCUACAAAGUUAAACAGAGUGCCUUAGGUGUGUAAUCGACAUGCAGUUGCUCUUUCUACUGGGCAGACAUGUACAAUACACAGCCAGCAGGCACAACAGCCAACAGGAACCUGUAGAUGCAUCCAAGUAUAUACAAAUAAAGCAUACAGUAUAUGAUAGUAUAUGAUAGGAACGCUGCCAUUCAAAGAACUGACUCGUUCUCUAGCCACCCAAAAUAUUAUGUGUUAUUUUAGUAUCUAAGCCAAUUUAGAUGUUUCUCCUGAAAGUCUUUAGGAGAAAUACAAAUAGACACAAAUGAGUCAGUUGUUGACAUACAGUAAGCAUAUACAUAGAGCUGUACACUUAUUGUGGAUGGCAGAGCUUCUGAAUUUGAGCACAUUUUGAGAUAUCAUUGAGAUCUAUUUUUAAUCUCUAGAAAAGACAUGUGAGAUUACUAGGGUCAUUUUCUUCUCAGAAGAAAAAUAUGAGAAGCUGGAGAUUUACAGUAAAUGAAAAGAAACAAUUGAGACAUUAAUGAGAGGUAGCUCUGCAUUAUAGAGCAUAACAUCGAGAAACAAUAUGCUUUCCUAACUGCAGCAUAGAGGAAUGCUUAGAAAUGAUUAUGGUAUUGUAUUUCUGCUCAGAUCAUAUAGCCAUUAUUGUGGUCUGGAAAACUGAUCUCUUGGAUCAGAUACCUGUAUAACAGAGCAGGAAGAAACUAGAACCACUCUUCUAACAAACAAAACAGGACCAGGACCAGUUCCAGAAGAUCCCUUUAAAUGAAGAAAAGUGUACCACAAGUUUAAGCCAACACAUAUGGUGCAUUAGUAGAUGUUUUGCUGCUGUUUGUGCCUGUAAACUUUGAGCAUACAAGUGCCAUUGAGUCCUAUUUAAGUAUGUGAAGAUGAGAGCAUUUCUAAUACGUAAUAAUGUCCACACAUUUUAAAUACUAUCAUACCUCUUUGAACGUGUUUUGUUGUUCUCUGAAUUGUCGUCCCUCUUGCAUAAGAGCUAACCAUGCAGAAUCAAUUUUGAUGGGAACAGAUGAUUUGUUGCAUUGCUCAUAGCCUCACCCAACUGAAAAACACAGUAAGAAUAUGCACGACUGACACUUAUUGUUGAUCAUGGUCUAAUGUCCUAUGAGCUUGAUAUUCCCCGUGUAAGUUCACGACUGUCGUUUGUGUAAAGAGUAACAGAAAGACACACAGGCGGAGGAGACUGCGUACUGUUAGUGAUGCAUUCCUUGCCGUCUACAUGAAUUUCUCUGUGAAAUAGGUGCUUAUGACCACCACUGAAUGUAUGUAUACUGUAUGUACAAACUUUGUACAAAAUGUAGUUGGAUCAGAGAGUACCGGAUAUUCUUCUUCAGACGUAUCUCACGUCUUUGAUUGUAUAAAUGUCCCCUGUAAAAUGUAUGCCAAUGUACAUAAUAACAAUUCAAUAUAUAUAUAAAAAUACAAAUAUUAUAUAUUUUUUUCUUGUUAUACGUAAGAUGCAUUUACAAAUAAAGUGAAAAUAAGAUUUAUGA